AUGGUCGGAUGGAAGGAAUGGUAUGAUGAAAGAUUGAUAUGGAAUGCAACAGAUUUUGAGAACAUAACAUCUAUUAGAAUACCAUGUGACAUGAUCUGGUUACCAGAUAUAGUUCUAUAUAACAGUGUUGACGACUAUACAUCAGGAUAUAUGCAGAGUUUAGCAAUGGUGUACAACAACAGUCGUGUAUUCUGGGGCCCUGUCAUUCGUUUUAGAAGUUCUUGUAAGAUCGAUAUUACCUAUUUCCCUUUUGAUAACCAGAUCUGUAAGUUAAAGCUCGGUUCUUGGGCUUACAAUGGUUGGCAGGUUGAUGUGUGGAACCGCUCCAGUACCAUGGAUCUAUCGAACUUUGUUGAUAACGGAGAAUGGGAACUGUUGGGAAUAACGGUGGAGCGAAACGUAGUGGUGUAUAACUGUUGUAACGAGCCGUUCCCCGACGUUACGUUUUACAUCUACCUACGUCGACGUAUUAAAUAUUAUUUCAUGAAUAUCAUCAUUCCAUGCAUCAUUCUGUCCUUUCUGUGUUUAGCUGGAUUUUUACUACCGCCUGAAAGUGGAGAAAAAAUAACUCUGGGUCUGUCUGUAUUGUUGACUAUUACUGUGUUUAUGUUGAUGGUAGCCGAUAAAAUGCCACAGACAUCCGAAUCUAUUUCCGUCAUAAGCAUCUACCUCAUGGUUGUCUUGACAACAAGUUGUUUAUCUGUUUUAUCUUCUGUUUUUAUUUUGGGAAUUCAUCACCAGAGAGGAAAACCACAUCGCGUUCCCAAAUGGCUGAAAAUCCUCGUGUUUCGCAUUCUGUCGCCAGUGUUGUGUAUCAAACAGCGACCAAAGGAAAUGAAGAAAAGACAAAGUAGUAAAGACUGUUUAGUCUCGAGGAAAGGAAAAGUUGCCACCGAAGAGCUGGAAGUCAUAAAAUUAGAUCCGCGGAAAAUUGACAUUGAAGUUAUCGAUACCACAUCGAUAGACUAUAGGGGCGAUAACCCACAUAGACAGGAUAAUGGCAGCGAAGGGCCGUGUUCUGAUUGCAUCAACAACCACAACACAUAUAGCACAUUAGUAAAGCAAUUACUGAAUCUGAUACAGAAAAAACAAGUUGAUGAAAUGAAAGACGAUGAAAUAUUACGCGAAUGGCGAAACAUAGCUUAUGUUUUAGAUCGCCUACUAUUUAUUUUGUUUUUAUUAACAACUGUAAUUUCUACUGUCAUGAUUCUAGAAAUGAGACCAGAUCCGUUUAAGAAUGUUCGCAAUUAACAUUAUGGUGACGGACCAUGUGAAGUACUCUAUAGUAGAGACUAGACUUAUAAUCAUUUAAAACAGGGUGGCGGUUUUAAUUUUAGACAUGUUUAUGUAAUAGUGAAAUAGCGGCUGGUGUCGUACACGAAGCAUGGUAACUUAGGUUACUAGGGCCCCAUCCUAGUAGGGUUGAGGCAAUAAUGAUUUUUUUCGAAAUUUUUAAAACACAGGGUGUUUUCUAUGGCCAUAAGGACUGAAAAAACGAAUCUGGUGAAAUUUUUGUUGAAAAGUUACUUUUUACGUUGGUGCACGGCCAUGAAAAUUGCUGGGGGGGGGGGAGUGGAUGGCUGAAUGCUUAGCGUGCGCGCGCUGUAUCAUAAAGUCUGUCAUUGAGUCGACUGGCGUGGUUUCGAAUCCCCGGUUGUACGUGACAAGGAGUAGGGUCGCCUGUCCAACCUCGUGGGUUUUCUCCGGUUUCCUCCCACUGCUAAAGACCCCUAUGCGCAAGCGAAUUAUUGAAAUAAAAUUAAACCAUAUGUUAAUCCCGAAAUGACCUAGUUUGUGUCGAGUGGACGUUAAAUCCCAUUUCUCUUUCUCUCUCUCAUGAAAAUUGCUGCCAAAAUGGGUCUUUGAAAUUUAUAUAUAUAUACUCUUCAAAAAUAAAAGUAGGGGGUAUUGAAAUGCAAAUACCUAUGCAGGUUGUGAUAUGAUAAAUAGUCAUGGACACUUGACAUGCUUUGAGAGUAUGUUCACAGAUGAAGAACUUGUCGCCCCAACAGAACCACUGAGCUGCACCUGCGACACGCAAUAGCGCCAUACACGUGGGAGGGGUUCAUUGUCAAAUUUGACACUUCAAGGAAGGGUUGAUGAAAACUGCCGCUUGCUGGUUUAUCCUAUCCAUGUUUGCUUUCCUAUCGGUUCUUGCAUAAGAUAUACUGUUACCUUUAAUUUGAUCAAGAGACAUGUUCGUCGACGUCAACGUCAACCGACAACACUGCAAGAAUUGGCCGUGGCACUGCAAGAAGAGUGGGUCAGAUUGCCCCAAAUCGUGAUUGGACGGAUGAUUAGGAGCAUGCCACGACGAAUUGCUGAAUGUCUGAGGAUUGGUGGAGCAAUACUCAUUAUUAAGACAAAAAUCAAAAACGUCCAUUUUCACUUUUGACAGUGUAUCUCUUUGCGAGUGAAAUGGGGCCGUCAGAUAAGCCGCCUAUAUGAACUGUUUAUCUUUAUGUGUAGGCAAUUUGCAGUUUAUUAACAUACUCUGGUUACCUCUAAUAAAAACAGCAGUGCAUUUCCGCAGUUUUGUAUUGUUUCUGAAUAUCCCCUACUUUUUUUUCGAAGAGUAUAUUUGGUAGGCAAUCGCCUUGUCAUACAUCAUUUCAUAUGUUUUAUGAAAAUUUAGAUUUAAUACUCCAAGAUGGCGGCCAUUUUUUUCCAAUAUUCAAUGCGCCUAAUUCAGCGAUCUAUACACAUAUUUAUUGUCAACUGGCUUUUGCUAGUGAUUGUUUUUAUCCUUUACGAGAUGCCACCCAAGACUACCAGAGGCAUUAAGGGAACGGGCAAGGCUGUCCCACCUGCUGAGCCUGAUAUGAACCAGUCCAGUCAGAGCCGGCCCCAGAGGAGCAGGGCAGACCACUCCAUCAAGAAAGCCAAGAGAAUAAAAACAGUAACUACCUUUACUGAAAAGGAAAAGUAGUAUAUAGUUGAGAUACAUGUAUAAGGUCAUGUACAGCAAACACCUUAUGAGAUCCAAAGGAAUCCAUCCAGAAGGAGGGUCUCCGGACUGCACAGAUGCCAAGAUGAACACCGCUGGGCACUCCGCAAGGGAUCGAUAUGUGUCUCCAGUGGCAAUAUGCUUCAGUGUCACUGCCAGAUUCAGUCCAGGUGAGAGGGAUUGCCUCUCAAUAGCUGAGGCUACCCCCCGUAAGACUUUAUCAAAGAGCUUUGGUGUUAACCAUGUGUAGUUUUGUGACAUGAAACCAGCGACUGCCAGGCAGGAUACGCCCACAUUUUGCAAGAGAUGGAUAGAGAACAAGCUAAAACUAAAAGCGAUAUUUCGUGCAAUCAAGGGUCAUAAUUCAGGAAGUUACAAUCUGAUAUGCGGGAAUAUCGAACGGAAUCCAGAUCAUUGGGUUAUAAACAUGUAUUUUAAGUUUCAUCAAAAUCGGAUCAAAAUUGUGGCCUCUAGAGGGUCCGCAACCUUGAUAUUCCAUAUAUACACUAUUUGCGUAUGAGGGGUGGCCAUUUUGUCCGGCAGUUUUAGUCCGAUUUUUACGAAAUUCGAACUCAAGUGUCAUUACAGUGUAACAGUGAUAUAUUCAAACUUUUUUUUAAAUCGGAUAAUAAUUGUGACCUCUAGAGGGACCAGAAGCUAAAAACGCGAUUUUUCGUACAAUCAAGGGCCAUAAUUCAGAAAGUUAUGAUCCGAUAUGUGCGAAUUUUGAAAGGAACCCAGAUCUUUGGGUUAUAAACAUGUAUUUCAAGUUUCAUCGAAAUCGGCAGUUUGUCCGGCAGUUUUGGUCAGAUUUUCAAGACAUUCGAACUCAAGCGUCUUUACAGUGUAACAGUGAUCAAUUCAAACGUUUUUUUUUAAAUCGGAUAAUAAUUGUGACCUCUAGAGGGACCACAAGCUAAAAACGCGAUUUUUCGUACAAUCAGGGGCCAUAAUUCAGAAAGUUACGGUCCUUUAGGCGCAAAUAUCGAAAGGUACCAAGAACCUUGGGUUAUAAACAUACAUUUCUAAUUUCAUCAAAAUAAGAUGAAAAUUGUGACCUCUAGAGUGUCCACAAGCUAAAAACCAUGAUUUUUCGUACAAUAAUGGGCCAUAAUCCAUGAAGUUAUUUUCCGAUAUAUGCCAAUAUCGAAAGGAACCGAGAUCUUUGGGAGAUGGACCUAUAGUUUAAGUUUCGUCAAAAUCAACUAAAAAUUGUGACAGUGUGUCCACAAACAAAUUGUGGACGGACGUCCAGACGGACAGGGCCGACGACAAUAUACGUCCAUAUUAAAAUGUGGGCGUAUAAUGAUAUAUUACAAGGCGAUUUCCUACUAAAUAUAUAUGCAUUUCCAAGAAAAUCGUGAUUUUGGCCUUCUUUUGGCCGCCAUAUAAAAUGGCCGUGCACCAACGUAAAAAGUAACUUUUCGACAAAAAUUUCACCCGAUUCGUUUUUCUUAGUCUAUUUGGCCAUAGAAAACACCCUGUGUUUUAAACAUUUCGACAAAUGUCAUUAUAGCCCCAACUCUACCCCUAGUUUUAUUGAUAAUAGUGACUUGUAUAAUUGAUUAAACACUGUUUAUAAAAAUAUAUAUUCAGUAUUACCAUCGUCGAAUAUAUCCCGGGUUUCGUCCAUUAGAUUGUGUUCUUCGUUUGCGGAACAAAACCGAUAAUAUGGCUAUUUGCCCGAAAAUUUCUUUGCCAAAGAAUUUUCAGAAUGAAUCAAUCAUUAACUAAAACGUAUUUUCCACAAAUCUCCACUUAAAUAUAAAAGUAUUCAAAACGUAAACCGUGAGCGAUUUCAUUUUACAAUUAUAUUUCUAUGAUAUGGUCUCAUUAUCUGCUGUUUGUGUCCGAAAAAAUUCAUUGCUCGAUAAAUGGAUGAUUCACCGAAUCUGGGGCAGCCCCCCCCCCCCGGCUCUUACGCCUUUGACACGUAAAGAGAACGUGCAAAGCAAUUUAUCAUAAGGUCUGUCAUUUAGGCAACUGGCGUGGUUUCGAAUCCCCGGUUGUACGUGGGUUUUCUCCGGGUCCUCCGGUUUCCCCCCACUGCUAAAGACUCCUACGCGCAAGCGUACGUAUUAUUGAAAAAAAAUUGAACCAUGCGUUAGUCCCGAAAUGACUUAGUGGACGUUAUCAUCAUUUUUAUUGCGUGAGAGUACUUAUUUUACCAAACUGGACCUCAAGAAUAUUUUUUUGUUUGUUUUACUUUGAAAUAAAAUUGAGCCCUAUUGUAAUUUUAUAUUCUGAAGAAACGUAUAAUUGAUAAACAUGUACUCUCAUGCAAUAAAUAUGUUGAAGAAAAAAAUUCCUGAUUUUAUUAUAAUUAUUUUAUUUGGGUUGGUGGGAGUUGGGGGCAGCCUAUCUCUGGAAUUACGUGUAUAAGUGUUAUUAUUUCGUUCCAGUAAAUUAGGACGCACAUUUCUGAUUUUUAUUAAAGCCUUCGAUCUCGAUUAAAAAGACGCAUUUUUUAAAAAAUAAAUGGGAUGUGUUGGCAAUUUGACAAAACAAACCCACCGCAGUUACAGUGUUACACAUCCGCGAAUCACCCAACCCCGUAAAUAGAUCAAUAUCGAGGGAGGGGGGCAUAUUUACACAGUUAUUCCAUAACGUGAUACACGGGGAGUGGAAGAAGGGGAUAGGGUUGGAAUAUAAUGUCGCUAUUUUUAAGUAGUGAAUGUCCUACGAUUACCCCAUGGUUUAUUCUGGCGAUAAUUACGUCUGAUAGAACCCACAUUAUUGUUUGCUCUAAUUUGCGGCAAAUUAUAUGGAGUAGAAUUACAUUGGAUCACUAAUAAGAACAUAGUCUGAAUACGAUUCCAUUGACCUAGCGUAGAAAAACAAUCAAAAUAAAUUAUGGCUCUUUGUGGUUACUCCAAAUGAUUGUGACUCACCUGUCUCUUUAUGGUUUUAAAAACCAAAGGAAUUUUUAAGAAAGGAUAUAAACCGACGAAAUUAAUUCAAUAGCGCACCUGUCAUGCCCUUCAGUCGUCUCACAGUUAUGUCCCCUUAGUCAAAUUUAAAUGUAGAAAUGAACUUGUAUUAUAGACAUGUAAAUAAAGAUACUUCUGUUACUGAAAACGCAGAUUUAGAUAAAAUGUAUAGUUGUUGAUUUUAUUGCAUUUGUGUGUUAAUUUGGUCUCUGAUAUUAUUGAUCCGUAGAUUAAAGCAGGUGUUGAGAAAUGGAUUGAAAUGGGGUUUUAACGUCCUACUUUUCUGCAUCAAGCGGUCUAAUAAAGACGUGCUGUAGGGAAGUAUUGACCGACAAAGGCGUUACGGCCUACUCUUAUUUCAAAUUCUGUCAACCUGGGGUCUCUGUAUUUCGUCUCAUCCUUGCCAGGCAUUCCGUCCUGCACCGCUGACAACAUACUAAAUUUAGGAAGUCUUUCUACAGUUAGCUCCGCUUGACAACAAAUGAAACGAAAUGAAAUGGGGUUUAACGUUCUACGCCAUACAGUGUGCUGUGAGGGAAAUUCGUAAGACUUUUGUAUAAUUUUCGCUCUUUAAAUUAAGGAUAACAUUAUAUUGUAUUAAUUAAUAUCUCUGGCAAGUUAGUAGAUUCACAUAUUUGUACUUAAAUCAAGUUAGCGAAUGAGUAGAUGGUUCUGUGGGAAUAAGAAAUAUCAUGUAUUACACGUGAUAGGAAAUUUACGAUUGCAUCAUUUGGCUUGUUUAACCAAUCUCUAUACUGAUUUACAUCAUAUUUGACCAAUUAGAUAAUUGAAGGUCCAAAACCCAAAGCUACCAAACUAUCAUACUUGUGAGAAUUCGUCAGACAACAGACAAAUUCUCGAAAGUAAAAGAUGUAGCAAUUUCUAUCAGCAGACUCGGCCAUCGAGUCUGACUGGCUAGUGUUUGAGAAUGACUUUAGUAUUGUAAUCUAUACUAUGUUUGUAUCCAUGUAUCCGGCUAUGAUAUAUAAAAUGUAAAAACGAAA